GGACGCUAGUAACGACCAAAUUACAGCUCUUGAUGUGUUUGUCACUGAAUGACGUAUGCCACAUUCACGUGCUGGUAGGAAUUGGGAAACUCUGAAAUUUCAUAGUGAGCAAUUUCAAAUAAGAUUAAACCAGUCACAUAGAUGAAAGACCACAUCCUUGCAAAGAAUGUGUCAAAUGCUACAGAACGAAGGUAUGCUUGACCAGACAUUCAAGUGUGCACUCAAGGAAACCAAAUUACUGUAAAGUCUGUGGCAAAUGUUUCGAAAGAAAGGAAGACUUGGCGAAACAUACAGAGAUGCAUACAAGAGAGAAAUUCUAUUGCUGCAAAGAUUGUGGCAAAUGCGUCAACCAGAAACUAAACUUAACGACACACAUGAUAUCUCACAGACUGCAGAAACCUUAUAUUGCUGCAUAGACUGUGGGAAAUGCUUCACUCGAUCACAGGGCCUUAGAAUUAAUAAGACCAUACACACAUGGAAGAAAUCAUACAGGUGUGCAAUAUGCAAUAAAUGCUUUGCCUUCCAUAGCCAUUUAAAAUACCAUCAGACUGUUCACACAGGGGAGAAAUGUUAUAGUUGGCACCAACCAUGGGUUGUGCCGUGGCGGAGAUCUGUGUGGGCUAUACUCAGCCUUGUCUCAGGGUGGUAAAUUGGUGGUUGAAGAUAUGCCUCUAGUGGUGUGAGGGCUGUGCUUUGGCAAAGCGGAUGGGGUUAUAUCCUGCCUGUUUGGCCCUGUCCGGGGGUAUCGUCGAAUGGGGCCACAGUGUCUCCCGACCCCUCCUGUCUCAGACUCCAGUAUUUAUGCUGCAGUAGUUUAUGUGUCGGGGGGCUAGUGUCAGUCUGUUAUAUCUGGAGUAUUUCUCCUGUCUUAUCCGGUGUCCUGUGUGAAUUUAAGUAUGCUCUCUCUAAUUCUCUCUCUUUCUUUCUUUCCCUCUCUCUGAGGACCAUGCCUCAGGACUACCUGGCCUGAUGACUCCUUGCUGUCCCCAGUCCACCUGUCUGUGCUGCUGCCCCAGUUUCAACUGUUCUGCCUGCGGCUAUGGAACCCUGACCUGUUCACCAGACGUGCUACCUGUCCCAUACCUGCUGUUUUCAACUCUCUAGAGACAGCAGGAGCGGUAGAGAUACUCUGAAUGAUCAGCUAUGAAAAGCCAACUGACAUUUACUCCUGAGCUAUUAUUAUUUGACCCUGUUGGUCAUCUAUGAACAUUUGAACAUCUUGGCCAUGUUCUGUUAUAAUCUCCACCUGGCACAGCCAGAAGAGGACUGGCCACCCCUCAUAGCCUGGUUCCUCUCUAGGUUUCUUCCUAGGUUCUGGCCUUUCUACAGAGUUUUUCCUAGCCACCGUGCUUCUACAUAUAUAUAUAUGUAUAUAUAUGUAUAUGUAUAUUCUACAUAUAUAAUAUAGCCUAAUCUGUUCGCUAUAACAUUUAGAAUUAGCAGUAAAACUUUUAUUUUGAAAUUCAUGGGAAAAUACUACCGGAAGUUUAACCUGGUGUUGUUCUAAUCUUCCUGCAACCGAGUUCACGACCGAACCGCCCAUUACAACCUUAUGUACCUCAAUGGUUAGAAAUCAUGUUUGCUUUUGUAAAUUUCUGAGAAGCUCUUCAGCUGUUGAAAUAUAUUAAAAUGGCUGAUGAAGACAAGCUUCAGCCGUUAAUCUUUCUUAUGACCUAUAUGCUGAUGAAGCGCCGAAGAGACAUAAGAAACGCGGAUACACAGAGACUCAAUGAGGUGAAGAGACGUAUCCGCCACAGACAAUACUUCUUCCAAAGACAGAGGCGAAUGCUCAUGAUGCUGACAGCUCGAGACGUGCGCUGCAGCUGUGACAUCCGUACCCGACCCUGGACCAGCACGGAGUGCACUGAUUGGUGGGAGCGGGUAGUGAUGACUGAGUUCCAGCCCUCUGAUUGGCUGGAGAAGUUCCGCAUGAGCCGGGAGACCUUCUUUUUCCUGUGUGGCAAGCUGAAACCCCGCCUGGCUCGCCAGGACACCCACUUCCGCCGGGCGCUUCCGCUGGAGAAGCGUGUGGCGGUUGCCCUGUGGCGGCUGGCGUCCAACAUUGAGUACCGCACCAUUAGUGGGCUGUUUGGCGUGGGCAGCUCCACGGUGUGUAAGUGUGUUAGGGACGUGUGUCACGCCAUUGUCACACUACUCCGGCCCGUCUACCUAUGCUCGCCCAGCGUACAGGAAGUAGAAGACUCUGCACGUCACUUCCUAUCUCGCUGGGGCUUCCCUCACUGUGUGGGCGCCGUAGCAACCCUCCACACUGCCAUCCUCACGCCGUCCGCUAACGUGGCCAACUACGCCAACCCAGACGGGUGGCUCUCUGUGGUCUCCCAGGUGGCUGUGAACGGGCUGGGUCAGUUCUGGGACGUCUGUGCUGGUUUCCCUGGCAGCACUGAGCCGACAGCCAUCUUGCAGAACUCAGCACUUUGGGCGUCGGCCUCUGAGGGUGUGCUGUCACCUGACCCACCCCCGAGCUUCAUGGGAAAACCCCUGAGAUAUGUGUUGUUGGGGGAGCCAGGGUACCCCCUCCAGCCCUGGCUGAUGAAGGCCUAUUCCAAGAAGAAAGAGGAGGAUGAUGUGGAGGAGGAGGAAGGGGGGCACGCGGAGGCCCGGAGGGCCUUCAACCAGCGAUUUGUGCGGGCGUGGCGUGGGGCAGCAACGGCGCUUCUUCGCCUGCGGGCGCGCUGGCAAUGCCUGAGCAAGAGGAACGACUGCAGCCUGGACGUGGUGCCCACCAUGAUCCUGGCCUGCUGCAUCCUGCAUAACGUGUGUGAGGCCCAUGGAGAUUUGUUCCGGGGGGAAUGGCAUGGCGAGGUGAUCAAGGGUGAGAACCCCCAGCCUGGUCACACUGCAGCCCGCGCCCCCUCUCCCUCUGGAACUUCAGACCACCUCCAGGGUGAGGAGGUCAGAAAAUUGUUCUGUCACUACUUCCAGCAGUCACAACUACAACAACAGGACUAAUGGAAUGGACAGUGUUGUGAUGAGGAAAGAGGGGGAAAAAAUAUAGAAUUCUCCACAAGAUUCUCACAACUUUAUACAUAGCCCUGGCCAGCAUUCCAGUUACUGUCCCUACAAUCUCUAUCAGCCUGUAUUCAUAAAGCAUCUCAGAAUAGUAGGUAGUGCUGAUCUAAGAUCAGCUUGGCCUUUUUAGAUCAUAGUGAACAAGAUUAUGGACAGGGGGGACCUGAUCCUAGAUCUGCACUCCUAUUCUGAGAUACUUUCUCUCUGUUCUGUUACUGUUUUUUUUUGGUUUUGUUCUCUCGUAGGUUGUUAGUGUGUCUAAAUAGUUGUGUAGCUCAGUGUUCAUGUGCAUAUGGGGUAUAUAGUCAUGUUUUUUAUUGAUGCACAAUACAAGUUACAUUUUCUGUUCUGUCUGUCACUACAUUUGUAUCUACAGUUACACUGGCAUUGUUCUAUGCCCUGAUUUUUAAAAAACAACAACAACAACAAAAAACAUUGUUCUCGCUACCUAGUACAUACACUGCACUUUUUGUAGCUGUAAAUAAGAUCUAUUGUCUCCAAUCUCCUACUCUUCCUCUACUGGAAGAAAUCCUAGGGGAAACACUUCCAGCUAACGGAGCUGCCCUCUUAGCAGAGAAUGUGGACAUUCUUGUCUUUCUGAAAAAUAACGUUAUAAUAGAAUGACUGUCACUGAAUAUAAGCUGAAGGUGAGCAGGCCUAAAAUGCAUUCAGAAAGUAUUCAGACCUCUCUACUUUUGACACAUUUUGUUACAUUGCAGCCUUAUUUAAAAAGAAAUAUAUAAUAAUUAUUCUCAUCAAUCUACACACAAUACCCCAUAAUAACAAAGUGAAAACAGGUUUUUCUGAACGUUUGUACAUUUAUUACGAAUAAAAACAGAAAUACCUUAUUUACAUAAGUAUUCAGACCCUUUGCUAUGACACUUGAAAUUGAGCUCAGGUGCAUCCUGUUUCCAUUGAAUAUCCUUGAUGUUUCUACAACUUGAUUGGAGUCCACCUGUGGUAAAUCCAAUUGAUUGGACAUGAUUUGGACAAGCACACAGUUGACAGUGCAUGUCAGAGCAAAAACCAAGCCAUGAGACCGAAGGAAUUGUCCGUAGAGCUCCGAGACAGGAUUGUGUCGCGGCACAGAUCUAGGGAAGGGUACCAAAAAAUGUCUGCAGACUUGAAAGUCCCCUAGAACACUGACCACCAUCAUUCUUAUAUUGAAGAAGUUUGGAACCACCAAGACUCUUCCCAGAGCUGACCACCCGGCCAAACUGAACAAUCGGGAGAGAAGGGCCUUGGUCAGGGAGGUGACCGAGAACCCGAUGGUCACUCUGACAAAGCUCCAGAGUUCCUCUGUGGAGAUAGAACCUUCCAGAAGGACAACCAUCUCUGCAGGACUCCAACUAUCAGGCCUUUAUGGUAGAGUGGCCAUACGGAAGCAACACCUCAGUAAAAGGCACAUGACAGCCCACUUGGAGUUUGCCAAAGGGCACCUAAAGGACUCAAAAAACAAGAUUCUCUGAUCUGAUGAAACCAAGAUGCAACUUUGGCCUGAAAGCCAAGCAUCACAUCUGGAAGAAACCUGGCCCCAUCCCUACGGUGAAGCAUGGUGGUGGCAGCAUCAUGCUGUGGGGAUGUUUUUCAGCAGCAGGGACUGGGAGACUAGUCAGGAUUGAGGGAAAGAUGAACGGAGCAAAGUACAGAGAGAUCCUUGAUGAAAACCUGCUCCAGAGCACUCAGGGCAUCAGACUGGGGCAAAGGUUCACCUUCCAACAGAACAGCAACCCUAGGCACACAGUCUCUGAAUAUCCUUGAGUGGCACAGCCAGAACCCAGACUUGAACCCGUAUUGUGUGUAGAUUGAUGAAAGGAAAACAUAAUUAAAUUCAAUUUUUAAUAAGGCUGUAACGUAGCAAAAUGUGGAAAAAGUCAAGGUGCUUGAAUACUUUCCGUAUGUGCUGGUGAUUUGAAUUUAUUGUGGUCUACUGCAGUUAAAUGUAUGUUGUAAUGAACAUGAUUUCCCUUCUGUGCCGAACACCCGUUAUACCCCUAUUAUACCCCUAUGCAAUUAGGGUUAAGUGCCUUGCUCAAGGGCAGAUCAACAUAUUUUUCACCUAGUCGGUUCAGGGAUUCUAACCAGCAACCUUACUGUUACUGGUACAACUCUUAACUGCUAGGCUACCUUCCAUCUUUAACCCAGCUGCAGACUGGCUUCACAGAGCGAUAAAUAAGAGGGAUCCUCCCCACUAGAACCAAUGAGAGUUCUCCUGGUGCAGCCUGGCUUGCAGGCCGGGAUUCAGGAGCACUGAGGUGUCGUAGCUCUCAGGGGCCCCGCCCAUGACCACAGUGUAGUCCAGCCUCUCUUGUUCUUAUAAAGCACCACUGGUCCAGGAGCCUUCUGGAGAUGUCCGUCCAUCUGAUCUGAGCUCUCCCUCUCUGUGUGCUCUUUGUUUCCAGCUUCAGCCUGACAGUUGUUGCUCAUUACCUCAGCACCCUGCAGUCCACCGUACGGACGAAUGAAAUCCUCUCCACCGAAUACAAAAUCAGCAGCAGUGCUAUCCCUGCUGAGGCACCCCAGCUGACUCACAUCUCUUUUGCAGCAGCUUCGGAUUUCACCUGGCGUCAUUCCAGGGAGUUCCCGGAAUCUUUGGAUCUCCCCUAGGAGGUUGUGUGUGACCUCAUAGGUGUUCCGUGGGUUGUAUGCAAUUCCUUGUGGGUGGCUGUAUGGAUGGUUCUGUGUUAUGUAGAGCUUGUCCACUCUGAAUCCCAUAUAGCCUUCCUGUCUGACUCUGAAUACAACUCGGUCUCUUGUUGUCCCUAGAAUCCAGGGAGUUGUAGCAGCGUUUAGUAACAUAAGCAAGAAGUGCUUUGUUGUGGUUGCCACUGUGGUUGAGAUUUCCCAGUGUGUCGUAUUCAUCCCCGUCUGGAUAAGGUAACAUACGUUCAUAGUUGUAAUAGUGAUGAAAGCCGUAGUCUCCCCUGUUUGGUUUGAAGGGGGGGACUUCUGAUGUUGCCAUUGUUGUCGAAGGCGAUAUUGUGAGCGAACAAGUGCAGCAGCGUGAGGCCGUAGCGAGGGGCCAACCAAAGUCAACGUAGACUUUGGUUGUCCCUUCCCUCACUACAGCCUCACGCUGCUGCACUUCUAAAGCUCCUGCUGUUCAUUAGGUCUCUGAUUAGAUUGAGCAGAUAGGAAUUCCUCUUUCCAGGGUCAAAGGUGAAGUGUACGCUGAAACGGUUGAACUAACCAGGCAUAUUUAUGUCUAAGUCAUAAAACUUUGGCAAACACUCCUUUUUUAGAUUUACUGGGUGUGCAGGCUUUUACUCCAACCCUUCUCUAACAAUCAGCGGCUCAUCAGGACCUUUAGGUUUGUCCACCAAUGGUGGAAAGAAACCAACUCGAUGAGAGAUUUCUGCGAUAGUGUACUAUGGGUAUGCGGUUGAGUUACGUUCUCUUAUCUCCCAUUUCUCUAUCCCCCUCAACCCCCAAACCUAGUGGCCUAUCAGAGCCGAACUAGGUGCAACUCCUUUACCCACGAGGCCCUGCAUGAUAGUCCUAGAGGGUUGCUACAAUAUAAACAAAUAUAUAAAGACAUAUCAACUAUAUAGAAACUAUAAUACCGGUACCCUGAAUGUCUUACCUUGUUUAUGUCUGCAGCAGGCUUGUAGUGAAGUGAGCAGACUACUGACUGAGCCUAUUGACUCUGUGUUGUUUGACUUUGUCCUCUCUUUAGCUGUAGCCUCCCUCUCAACCCUCAACAGGGUCGUCACUAGUUACCACCCCGCCUACUUCUAAAAUGUAUCUUCUGAAUAAAAUGUGAUUUUAAACCUAACCUUAAUCCCACUGCUAAGCGUAUGCCUAACCUUAACUUAUGACCAAAAAUAUUAUUUUAGUUUUCAGGAAUUUUUAUGAUAUAACCAAACUACAGACAUAGACAGAUAUACUUUGUGGCUGUGCUAUCUAGUGGAAACCCCUCAACAGUCGCCUCAGAAUGGAAAGGGAAUGUGAUCUACGCUUGGAAAGUGAAACUCAAACUCCCGCUUCUUUCUAGUGAUGUGUAUCCCAUCAUACCCAGGUCCCAUACCCAUCAUUAUAUCCCAUCAUAUCCAGGUCCCAUACCCAUCAUUGUAUCCCAUCAUAUCCAGGUCCCAUUUCCAUCAUUGUAUCCCAUCAUAUCCAGGUCCCAUACCCAUCAUUGUAUCCCAUCCUAUCCAGGUCCCAUAUCCAUCAUUGUAUCCCAUCAUAUCCAGGUCCCAUACCCAUCAUUGUAUCCCAUCAUAUCCAGGUCCCAUACCCAUCAUUGUAUCCCAUCAUAUCCAGGUCCCAUACCCAUCAUUGUAUCCCAUCCUAUCCAGGUCCCAUAUCCAUCAUUGUAUCCCAUCAUAUCCAGGUCCCAUACCCAUCAUUGUAUCCCAUCAUACCCAGGUCCCAUACCCAUCAUUGUAUCCCAUCAUAUCCAGGUCCCAUACCCAUCAUUGUAUCCCAUCAUAUCCAGGUCCCAUACCCAUCAUUGUAUCCCAUCAUAUCCAGGUCCCAUAUCCAUCAUUGUAUCCCAUCAUAUCCAGGUCCCAUACCCAUCAUUGUAUCCCAUCAUAUCCAGGUCCCAUACCCAUCAUUGUAUCCCAUCAUAUCCAGGUCCCAUACCCAUCAUUGUAUCCCAUCAUAUCCAGGUCCCAUACCCAUCAUUGUAUCCCAUCAUAUCCAGGUCCCAUACCCAUCAUUGAUGGAUUUAUAAACACUGCGUCUUUCCCUUGGCCUUGAUUCAAAUGUGGGUGUGUUCCCUUGACUCAAUUGUGUGGUUGAUAUUUUAAAGCUCCUACUGUUAUUUUCGAUGUGUUAUUUAUCUCAGCUUUUUCAGGGUCCUGAAAGCUCUCAAGGGCCUGCCCCGCUUGAGACUGUAAUUAUGCAAUAUGGCCACAAGAUGUCAAUACACUUCUUCAAAAGUU